AUGUAAGAAAAGCAUUUCCCUGAAUUGUUAUAUCAAGUAAAUUUUGAAAACUAUUUUGAAUAAAUAAGAUAAUAAAUAAACAAAUGGGUAGAAUUAUAAAUAUGUAAUAAUAUUUAAAAUCUUAUAUCUGAAGAAUCUAUCGAUAGUCUUACUUAAAUGGUUCUUGUAAAUGCCAUAUAUUUCAAAGGUGAAUGGGUUUAUAAAUUUGAAAAUAAAAAUAUAGUUAAAGAAGUAUUCUUUUUAGAAAAUAAUGGUGACUAAGUAUAAGUUGACAUGAUGAAGAAUAGUUAGAAAAUUUAUUAUGGAGAAAAUAUUCAUUGUUAAUACAUAUAGUUACCUUAUAAAGGAAAGUAAUAUGCUAUGUAUUUGUUUAAACCUAAAAAUAUGACAUUAUAACAGAUUGAAUAAAACAAUCUUAAUUAAAAUACUUUAAAUGAAGUCUAAACUAAUUUAUAAUAUGUUUAAGUUAAUAUUAAAUUACCUAAAUUCAAAAUUAACCCAAGUAAAAGUACUAGUCUUAUUAAACCUUAAAAAAUUUAUGUUUAGUUAGUUGUUUCUCUUAAGGAAUGGCUGAUUUUUCUAAUAUGA